AUGUUGUCGUCGCUUCUGCGGUCUUUGCCCCAGCUCGGACGGAGCUGGAAACCGCUGAAUUUCUCCAACCCAAACUUCGUUCAUAUACCUGAAUCCCAUAAAAUCGAAGAAGAGACCCUCCCAGACUAUAUUGCUUCUCGGUAUUAUCCUACUCGAAUAGGAGAAGUCAUCAAGGAGCAAUAUCAAGUCGUAGGGAAAUUGGGAUUUGGAUCUACCUCAACUGCGUGGCUUGCACGGGAUAUGAAUGGUCGUCGUUAUGUUAUGCUCAAAAUAUUCGUCCAAGCUUCAUCUAUGGGCCAGCAAGUGGAUCACGAGCUCAAGAUGUACAGACGCAUGGAGCAAUCCCCGAAAGGCCAUCCCGGUCGUGAAGCCGUCAGAACGUUACUUGAUACGUUUUACAUCGAUGGACCUGAAGACAAGCACCGGUGCCUGGUGCAUCCCCCAUUAUGGGAGAGCGUUUUGACAUUCUUACGCCGCAACCCGGUAGAGAGGCUGCCUUCAGCAGUCAUGGCAUUCGUUCUUCAGCGCCUGUUUUUAGCAUUGGAUUAUCUGCAUACGGAGUGCCAGAUCAUACAUACUGAUAUAAAGGCCGAUAAUAUCAUGCUCGGCAUGAACGAUGAUUCGGUCUUUAGCGAUUUCGAAGAGAAGGAGCUUCAACGCCCUGUUCCGAGGAAGGAGGUAGACAUAGAUGGGAGAACAAUUUACAUGUCCCGGGAUCUCAGAAUACCUAAUGAUUUGGGUGCCCCAGUCCUAUGCGAUUUUGGUUCGGCCGUACUCGGUGACCAAUACCACUCGGAAUUCAUUCAACCUAAUAUCUACCGAGCACCGGAAGUGAUUCUAGGGGUUCCAUGGACGUACAGCGUCGAUAUAUGGAACGUGGGAUGCAUGAUUUGGGACAUUUACGAAGGCGGUUCUUUGUUCACCGGCCAAGACCCUGAAUUUCAGAAGUACCGAAGUCGAGCCCACCUCGCCGAUAUAAUCAAUCUUCUUGGCCCCCCGCCGCCUAGUCUUAUUGCCCAAGGGGAGCUAAAAGAAAAAUUCUUUUCAGGUGAUUUCCGCACUGAAAAUUUAUUAAAGGGCCAGGUUCCGCUUGAGGAACGGGAAACUACUCUCGAAGGAGAAGAGGAGAGAGAGGCUUUUUUACGUCUAAUGCGAAAAAUGCUACAGUGGGAGCCCGGCAAGCGUAGCUCCGCAAAGGAGCUAGGGGGGGACGAAUGGAUACUCAAGCAUUUAUAA